GUUGCCACUCAUCUCUGAACGAUUUGAAAAGUAUAGACAGCUAGUUGUUUGCAUGGAGGCUUAUAUACACGAUCACUUAACUAUUGUCACCACAAGUAUCAAAUCACACGAAAAGCUACGUAAAAGUACUUCCAUUGACUCGGUAGUAAGGUUUGAAACUGAUCCAGAGGGUUCUAUGCAGGUGACUGAGACAUCGGAAAUCGAGCACGCUGGGUCUCAUGACCAUGAUAUCAACACUUUUUUCCGCCUUUUACAAGACCAGACGGAAUCACUUAUCAAGCAAAUGAGCCUUGCAGAAACUACCAUGAAAAGUCAAGUCAUUCCACAACUGAAGGGACUUCAAUCGUCAAUAAGUACGAAGCAAAAAGAGUUCAGUCACUUGUGUCACACACAUGAAAAGGAAUACAAGCUGGCAUUACAACAAACGAUGAAGGAAUUGGAACAUUUUGAGUUAUCUAUUUCGAAGUCCGAAAUGUUGCCUGAAAAUGCAAAGUCGGAUUUUCGUCAUGACCCUUAUUUCAGUAAAAGAAUACUCAUGUCUCAGGCAGACGCACAGCUUCAGUCUGAGCAGAAGUUUUUGAAUUUCAUACAAAAAAGUGAAACUGACUUGAGAUUAGCCGAAAUCCAAACUAUGCAGGAGUUGAAGCAAGUCUUCGAGUUAUUCUCAUCAAUUUUGGUUCACCUUCACGAAGACUACAGUAAAAGCUUUCAAAAGUUAAAUUCACAUUUUCAGGACAUCCCAAAUGAUCUUGAAUGGUCACGAUUUCUAAAAGUAUACGACAACAAACUAGCCUCAACAUCAGAAACUUUGCCUGGUUUAUCACAUCCCUCUUCUAACCGAGACUCGAUCCCCGAACCUCAUGAAAGAAAUCUCGAAACUGUGACUUUUCCAAAUAGACGACAUUUCUCAACAGUUCCCAUAUUGGAAGGAGUUUUGGCAAGAAAGGAUGGAAAGUUUAGCUCGAAGAUGUCAUCACAUUAUUAUGUUAUCACCAAAAAUCGAUUUCUCUUCGAGUUCAAUUCCAGGGUCUGUUCGAACACCCAACCAAAUCAUGUCUUUUUCCUACCUGAAUGCACUGUCAAAGAUUUAGUCGACUCAGGCCCUUACAGAUUCAAACUUCAUGGCAAAGAUUUGUCAUCAGCAUUCAUCAAGAGCUCUAAAACAUUGGUGUUGGAGGCAUCCUCUGAAGACGAACUCAAGACUUGGUACAAUGUCCUGAGCGAGCUGACAGGUUUGAUGUACUCAAGCCAAGAAUCUCGAGAUUCGGACUAGCCAAAAGUCAGGUGCUUAAAAGAUUAUAUACGCUAAU